CUUAGAAGUCUUCAACGGUUGUUGUUCAGCCUCUCUACCCACUCUCUGCUCAUACUCCGUUGAUGUCGUCAACUUGGGCUGCACUACGUACGUCAAAUGGGUUCAGACGUGGCCUGCCAUUGGGGCAGCUUGUAGCUACGGAGGCCUUUCACUCUGUCUUGAGCUCUGUCUGAUGAACCUGUCGCUCGUGCACAUCAACCUUGGCCUCGCCCAUGGUGGCACCAGCACAUCCGAAGUGGUGAGUCCAGGCCAUCCGAAGUGGUGAGUCCAGGCCAUCCGAAGUUGGCCAUGGACAUCCGUGCUCAAUACCCAUACCCAUACCCCAGGGCAUGGCUGCACAGACCGAAGGUGCCUUAUAAUGAGGGGCCAUGCCCAUCACGGAGGGUCAAUUGACCCUUUCUUCAGGUUACUCCCACGCGGAGACCCGCAGAAUCUCACACGUCGCCAUCAUGUUGCAGUCAACCGCGGCGGCUCUCGUGGCUACCAGCGUCGUCCUGGCCCUAGCCACCAUCGUUUCCGUUUCCAUCCAGAUCGAGAGACAGUACAAGACCACGGGAAGGCUGAAUGCAAGCAAAUGGUUUCUGGUUGCCAGCGCUGUACGUCGUCUCAUUGGUGGUGCUGAGAGAGAGAGAGAGAUAUAUAUAUAUACCUGAGGCUGACAUACAAUCCUGGACAGUUCUUCGCGCUCGUCAUGACAUCUCUGGUCUGCGCUGCUGCGGCUGAAGGACUAGGGGCCCCGAUAUCAGCAGAAGAGUUUAGGAGUCGACCAGUGUUGCAAAAGCUCAUACUGGCUGCCUUCCCACCUUAUUUCAUCUGUAAUAUGCUUGUCAAGCACGCCUGGUUGACAUUCUACUACGGCCUGGCAAGCACUCGACCGCGAACCUACUUUAUCCAUUUCAUGCAGUUUGUCGCGGCGAGCUUCGGCAUCAGCUCGGUCUUGGUGGUGCUUUUGCAGUGCAUCCCUCUCAGUUCCGUUUGGAAUCAAGGGGUGGAUCCAACAGAAACCCCAGGUCAAUGUAUCAAUGUCAUGGCCUUCUUCUAUGCAAACUCCGUCAUUAUGAUUGUCAACGAUGUCGUCAUGUAUCUCAUGCCCAUGUGGCUCCUUCGAAAUGUCGACAUGCUUCGGGGACAUCGCAUUGGAAUAUAUGCGUUGUUUGGUGCAGGUGGAAUUGUUGUCAUUGCCAGCAUCUUCAGACUGGUGGCUGUGAACAGGAUGGCCACAACGGAUAAUCUUUCAGAAAACUAUGCAUUGAUCUGGAUCUGGGCAGCGGUGGAGAACCACGUUGGAAUUUGCGCAGCAUGUGGAGGCGCAAUCAAGCAGAGAACGAUUGCUGCAUGUGCCAGCGUGAGGCGGUCAUACAGCGACUUGAGAUUCAAGAUGUCGUCGACGAGCUCUAUCAACAGUCGGACCAAGUGCGUGGAGGCUAGCAGUGGGAGAACCGAGAGUACGAGCACUAAACAUGGUUCUUACCUUGAAGGGGACCUACACGACAAGUGCCCAAGUCUUGAGCUGGAUGAAACAAAGGAAGCCGAUAAUUUGAGAUGAAUAGCAGACAUCUCUAGAUUGAACAUAAUAUGAUAAUGACAAGGACUCAGAGACGUUGUGACGAUUCCUGUGGGUGGAUUGGCCAGACUGGAUCAGAGCGGAACUCGGCGCUCUGGCUUAGAUUGGUCUGUGGUCCGGUGGUACAAGGGGUCAAUAUCUAUGUCAAUAAAUCCCGACCAGAGUGCGACUGAAAGCCUGGCCAUGCAAUUCUUGGUGUAACACUCAGUUCACAUGGAAUAGCAACGGGACCAGUUAUCCUCGGGGAGUUCGCCUUACACAAGAGGAUGUGUUUGGCAGCAGGCGUUUGUUGAGAUCGAUGGGUGUGUGUCACUCUCCCUUCUUAUCAUUUGCAUUAGGGGAACGAUUGAUGCACUUUAUUAUAUCAUCGAGAAAUAUGGAGAUGUUCAUGGAGAAUGACUCGAUGAGGAUAAAAGUUGCCUGCACGUGAGGAGUUGAGGUGCAGAUGGGAAAAUCGAGUAUGAAGAAUAUCAAACACGAGAGAAGUACGAAUCUGGUUUGCACGUGACAUUGAAGUUGGGGUGCCAAAGCCCGAGGGCCUGCGAUCACUUAUGGAGUAUGCGUUAGGUACCAGCCCUCGGGCUGUGUCUGGUCCGUAGAAACACGAGAAGUACUCGUAAGCACAAUCAGAUGCGACAAGACCAACAAGGUCACCACCUG